AUGGCAUUUUUAAGGAGGAUGAUCAAGAAAGCUCCACUAAUUGCUCCACUAGGGGCUGGAUAUUACUUAUUCUCCACAGUUAGCCAUUAAAAUUAAUAUUAACUUACUUAGAGUGUUUAACGUGUUUCUCUGGUUCCGCAGGAUGAUUUAACAAAGCCACAAGGGCUCACCCCAGUAGCACCCAUUUGUGACGUCACCUUUUUAUCGGGCCGACGGACUAUCCUAAGCAAAUGACAGCUAAUUGGCUGCCAGAUCUCACGGGCUGCGUUGUCUCGCUUGAAACUUGACUCCUGCGUACUGCCUAUGGGUAUCCCUUCUCGGAAGUGCCAAACAGUAAAAACCCUAUGCCCACAAACAUCCGAGGAUCAGGUCAGGAGGCUGUGAGCUACUCUCCCCAUUGCUUACCUGAUAUUGCUGGAUAAGGUCUCACCGGGAAAACUGAACCCUAUAAUAAUAAAAUUGCCAAAGGAGCGAAAAUUUCUCGAAGAGGAAUUUCCUCGACGACGCCAUUUAAUAUUUCUCCACAGUUAGUCACCCAGAGUCUACUGGGCCUGCUUAUCAGAUUUUGCCUAAAAUUUCAUAUGACCAGCAUCCUAACAAACACAUAAUUUCGAAAAUCCCAAAAACAAUUGGCGUUCUUGGAGGCGGCGUGGCAGGGCUUGUAAGUGCAAAAACCUUCAAAUUACAAGGCUACGACGUAGAACUUAUUGAUAAAAAUCCUGGGGUCGGAGGAGUCUGGCAUAAAAAUUACGACAAUGCAGGACUUCAAGGGCCAAAAGAAACUUAUCAUAUUCCUGAUUUUCAUAUGCCAGAGAGUUAUCCAACAUUCCCAAAGCAAGGACAAGUAAAAGCAUGGCUAGAAGCUUAUGCUGAAAAAUUUGGCUUGAAUUCAGUAUGCAGUUUCAAUAAAGAGGUCAAAAAUAUUACCCAAAACCCUGAUGAGACUUGGAAAUUGACUUUUAGUGACGGUACUACCAAAGAUUAUGACUUCCUUAUUGUGGCCGCUGGGCUUCAUAAUAACCCAAAUAUCCCAAGUUUUAAAGGACAAGAAAAAUUUAAAGGAAAAAUAUGAAAAAUUAAAUAAGAAAUUUUUAGAGGAAAAUAAGGAGAAUAAUUAUUUCUGAUAAAAAAUAGGGUAAAUAGCAAUGAAAAUGUGGGGAAAUUAAUAGAAAUUUGAUACUCCACAGCAGCCAAUUUAUAAAUGCAAAGCAUUUAUGUGAAAAUAAAAAAGUCAUCGUGGUUGGGUCUGGAAAAAGUGCAUUUGAUAUAAUGAACACAACACUAGAAUACGGCGGAAAGCCAACUGGGCUAAUCAGAACUGUAGGAUAUAGCUUCCCCGAAGAAGAAAAGCCUUAUGGAAUCCCUUUAUGGGUCACUUUACUAUCUAGAUUUAUGUACACCUUUGGCAUUAUUUUUGAUACCGAAAAUUCCUUUAUUCACAAAUAUCUUUAUCCUAUUGAAUAUUUACUUUUGAAAUUUAUGGAUUUGCAAUUCCGAUAUAAAGCAAUCAAAGAAUUUCAACCUGACGACCAAAAGUUCCAUUUUAUUGAAACAGCUGGGCUUCGACAAGAGCAUACACAAGAAAACAUUCGCAAUGGAAAAAUAAAAAUUAUUAAAGGCACAAUUUUGGGUUAAUGAUUUUUUCAGUUAUUAUCUCUCUAGAGAAAUUUCCUCGAUUUCUUUUUUAUAAAAAGCGCCUUAAGAAGUGAAAAUUCUUAGACUCAGACCAAGAAAAUGUUUUUAGGGGAAAAUUUUUGACCAAAAAUUAUAUGUCGCAAUUUCUGAAAUUCAAGAAAAUGGUGUCAUUGUAAAUGGGAAUUUCAUAGAAGCUGACACUAUAGUUUAUGCGACUGGUUUUAAUGCCCAAUACUUUAUAGAACCUCUAAAAGAAGACGGGUUUUGGAGUUAUAAACACAUGCUAAUCCCUGGGAAACGAAACGUGGCUUUCGUAGGUGCUUUUAUUACUAUUUAUACGUCGCUUUGGUUUAAUAUUCAAGCUAUGUGGAUUAAUGAUAUGCUGAGAGGGCACGUAAAAGUCCCAUCAAUUGAUGAUAUGAAAAAAGACAUUGAGGAGAAGAAAAAGCAAGGAUUUGCCUAUUAUCCGGCUUAUAAACAUAAGCCGAUAUUUAUUAGCUCACAAACUUACUCUCCUUUCUAUAUUGAUGAUCUGUUGAAAGAAAUGGGGAUUAAUAGCGUAAGGGAAAAAUCAAUGUUUAGGCACUGGCUUUAUCCUUUUGACACAAAAAAGUAUGAGGCUGUUGCCACACACCAUAUUUAA